AGAGUAAGCAAAGACAUUGCAUGAGCAUUCGCUUCUCAAAUGUGUGUUGUAUGAGCUUAAACCAAAGUUGAUACCCGGAAAAACAGCAAAAACAUUAAAUUCCGGAAGCAAACGUCCAAAGACUCUAAUCUGCCUAUGUUUUCAAAACAUCCAAAGAUUUGAAUCCUUCUUGCGUAAGUUACUGUAUGAAUAAGAAGUUAUUCAAACCAGAGAAUCUUCACAAAUUGCAUAUGCAAUUCACCGCAUAUUUUGUUCCAGCAACUUCAGCUCCGUGCGAUUUUAUGAGUCUUGGAAAGACACUUCAUGAACAUGGUUCAUCAUUUCGACCACGAGACAUACAGCUUCCACUUGGAUCACUUCGACUCGCCGAAUAGCUCCAAGAAUUCGACGCUGUCCUCAAUACACAAGCAGAGGAUAGACUUACUUUUCCAAAGCCAACGUCAGAUUCAGCGAGGUCGCUAUACAAGUCAAGACAAUUCGUCCCGUGCCUCAACUCGACGAACGUCAGUAUCUCCUGCUCCAAGAUCACGGUCUAACUCCAUUUUAAGGCCUGGCAGACCGGCCCAUUUGCGACACUCUUCAUCAGUCACAGUAAAUACACAAAACGAUGGGAAAAAUGAAGAAGAGACAUUUAUUCGUAAGACAAGGGAACAAACUAUUUCAAGCAAAGUCGCCGUCAACCAAGAGCCUACGACUGUUAUCCGAAUUGGUCCAGACUCGAGGCCCCUUCCUCCCAAACCUAAUCGAGAUUUAAGUGCAAGCAGGGCUCAAGUUAGUGUGACAAACACAUCAAGCAAUGACGUGCAAGUUAAACCACAACAAACCAAAAAGAAUGCUCAAGAAGAGCUUGAGAGAGCCUUUGGUGGGAAAGACCAGCAACAAAAAGCAUUCUUAAAUACGAGAAGCGCAGUUCAAGCUCAGAUUGAAAAGUUAUUUGCAGAUGCGUCCAAAGAGAAUACUGCCAAAAAUAAUCUCAGAGAUGAAAUUCCACUAGCGCCUCAACUUACUCCUCACACAUCAAGACCCACUCCUGAUGCACCCCCGCCUCCUCCACCUCUUGAAACACAUCCAGCGUUCAGGAACACACCUUCCCCAAAAUCACCAUCUUCCACCAUAAAACGUAACACACCCUCGCCUCAUUCAUCGGGCACCGUUAGUGCGUGCAGUACUAUUAGCAGGACGUCUAGUAGUCAUUCAAGUUCGCAAGGAUCUACAACUACCAACUCAAACAUGGUGUAUAGAGUCAAUUACUUGGGAGCAGUUCAGUUAACUGGUAAGGCCACAAGCCUUGAAGUCCUCCAAGAUCCUUUGAAACAACUUUAUUACAUACAUAAAUUUGGCGUAGCUCAGGGAAGAAGAGUGCCUUUGAGCACACUCUCUAUUACAGAUUCAGGAUUGCGAGUCCUGCGGAAUGCAACAGAAAAAGAUUCCGUUGAUUUUACAAAUCCUUUUUCAACGAUCGCUGUUUGGGCGGCCAUCAAAAUGGUCAUAAAAAAGAAAAUAGGUAACAACGGGCUCGUGAAUUACUGCUACGCAUUUCUGCCUCUAAUAUGUGAUCCUGAGGCUCAAGAAAAAUUUAAUACCUACUAUCCUCUUGAUGUCGCUGAUCCAACAGUCAUGGAGGGUUCUCAUCCGCCCAUGUUUGCUUGCGUCAUGCGGAAGACGGGAGAGUCUAAAGUUUUGGAGUGUCAUGGUUUCAUUUGUCGAUCUUCCGAAGACGCCAUCGUAAUCGCAGCAAAUCUUUACCAGGCUUUACUUGGUACCAUGAACAAUGAUUCGUCGAGCCCUACUACGGAGCCUGGAGAUGUGAUGAGUGACAAUGAACUGACGCCCACUCGACCACCAAGAAGAAGACGGACUCCUCCGCAUUCGAACCAAGGAAGCCUUAGGAGGGCAAUCAGCGAAGACAUCCUACGGUCAAACACCAGUCAAGACUCGAUCACCGGGAGACUCCAGCGAAAAACGAGUAAUUUGAAUGGACUCGCCAUAGCAGAAGAAACUGAAGUGAUACCUAACAACAAACUUGUUAUCCCAAGAAGUAAGUCAUUUGUAAAUGUAUCACAAGCCUUGGACGCACACAAUUUGUUUGGAGAUCCUAAAACUAAGAUGGGCUUGGGAAGAAUUGAUGAUGUGUUACGAGCAGUGAUUAAUCCAAACGGCAUGUCCUACAGUGAAAUGGACCCGCAACACAGAGAACUUCUCAUGAAAAUGGCCCUGAUACUCACCAAAGAUGAAAUUUACCAGCGAUCGAAGAACAUAAUGAGAAGCCAAAAACCGAGAAGCCACAUUCUAGGUGGCUUCGAAUCAGAUAGCGAUGCGUCGACCAUAACUUCCGUGAUCAAGGCGACAAAGCGGUCGAUUUCACGUUUCAGCUCUCGUGCUUCUCAUUCACUAAGGCCUUCUUAUUUAAAAGAACGAAUGCCCCUGAAAAAGUUUAACACCCAUCAAGGGCCGAUUUCGUUGUCCAAGGACUUGGAUGAGCCCAAGUUAAAGGCUGUAAACUAUGGUUACAUGAGUGACGGAAGUCUCCCACGUCGUACUCCGAAGACUCCCAUGCCUCGACGUAGUCCUACUGGUCGAGGGUAUGCAAUUUACAGUGAAUGUGAAUAUGACAGUGAGUGCUCUAGUAAGUGCUAUUGUACACUUCCUCUAAAGAAAGGGAAAUCUCACGUCUGCCUGGCUGGGGAUAACAAAUUUUCAUCACUCCAUAGUAAAAAGAAACAAGGGUGUGACUGUGAUUCCGAGAGCUGCGCAGAAAGCGAACGAUGUUAUUGUUCACUCAAAAAAAUAAAGAAAAAUGGGCUGAAGAUGUAUGAAAUUAAUCUGGAUUCAGAAACGGACACAACUGUAACCAAUGGGACUCUGAAGCGAGAGAUAUCAAGGUCAACAAACAAACUAAGCUCAAGUCAUAGCACUGACGAAGUGAGAAGCAACACAUUGAAGUCACCCCAGCGUAGGAACUCAAACGCCAGCCACUUGUCACAACCUCUAGAGCGAAGUAAAAGCAGGCUGCAAACAAAUUCUACACUUCAAAGAAAUCAAUUGAUGCGUCCUAGAAGCAUGUCAACCUCGUCUCCAAUUCAUCCUGACAGUCUCAGCAUUUUAUCUCGAUCGUCGUCCCAAUUACGACCCGCGAGCCGUCCUCGCAGUCGAGCUCUUAGCAGCGACAAUAUCUUGGAAGAGACCAAAAGCAACCGGAGAUAUAGACAUCAGUCCGGAUCAUUGGGCUCUACGAACUCAGAGUCCUCGUCCAGAAGUAGCCCAGGACUGGAUUCCCAUAACUCUGACGGGAGCUCAGCUGAUUCGAACUCUUCACAGACGAAGAUUCUCUUGCUUUCGGCGGUUGAUCCAUCAGGAAAGGUCGUCUACAGAAACGCUUCUCAACGUAAACGCCGGCCGACCGACGACACCGCUUCCAUCAUGUCCAUGAAGAAAACUGCAGAAAUUGCGGCUCUUUUCUCAGAGUUGAAACUGAGUCAGAAGACCGACCUCAUCGAACGUUUACAAGAGCAGGUAAAUGUCCCUGAAACUGAAGAGGAGCGCUACGAAAUUGUUCAUAGCGGUCAAGUGGUGCAGUUUUCAGACAAUAUUGAGACAUCACUCGGGUACCUUCCGUAAAAAAGCUUUGUACUCACAAGCUGACUACAAUGACGUAACUAAUUUUAAUCUUUUUCUCCACAGGAUAGCUUUAAUAUAGUUUUCAUAUGUUUUAGAUCUAAAACAAUAGGUUAAUUUUUUAUUCAUAAGACUAUAUUGUUAGUGCUUUAUUAUGUUUCGUAGCAUUGUCAAUCAUAUGAUUAAUACAUGAUACCUACAACAUUUUGAGGUAAAAAUGCUCCCACGAACUAAAUCCUUGACCUUCAUUGAAAGACAUAGAUCGAUGAUGUUUCUGUUUCUUCCUCAGAUCUAUCAAUACGGCUGAGCCUCAACGCAUGCGCAUGUUUUGUAGAUGGACGACAAAUGCACGACGACUCCUCUGGUCUUCCUCCGUACUCUGCUUCUUUUUUGUACUACCUUAGCGUUCAAAUUAAGAGUUAGAAUGGUGCUGCUUCAUGGCUGUGCUCAUAGACGAGUGAGAUCAUGGACUGCACGUAGUUUGCUCAUCUGACUGUACAAUGGAAGUAGAAAGCAUCAUAAAAAUGUUGUACAUAAAUUCACUUUUUCAACCAUUUUUGUAUAGUCGAGCACCCUCAUACGUUCUAUUAUAAGCUAUUUAAUACAUAGCUGGCCACAUGAUAGUUUAAAUGCAUAAUAAAAUCAAAUUUCUACCGUUUACGAGUAAAAUUACCACGAGCAGAAAAUCAUUGCUGUUUGAACGCAAAGGUUUGGUGUCUAAACUUUUCAUUGACUGAAUCUCAGUAAAUGAUCUUUUCUCCAAUUCAUUUCAUACACAUAGUAAAUUUUUGACUUAUUCAAUAAAAGUUCGCGUUCUCUUCUCAUUAGAUUCGUUUUCCUCGACGUAUGCUGUUGACUGUUCCUUACUGCGGUGCUAUCAUAUUUUAUUUCAAAAUUGGCAUUCCUUUUGAUCCCUGUACUUCCUUUUCGUCAAAAGAUGAAUUUUCCCUCAUUUCGAAUCGACCACUCUUUGGUCACGAUUUCCAUUCCGUAAAUUCCCUAUAAAUCAAUAUAAACUACUUCUCGCUAGAUACUUUAAUUCAUUUAAAUGCUUUCUAAUAUAAUUCAAAGUUUAACUUAUAAGAGGCAAAAAACAGUUCCUCAAUACGUAACUGCUUUGUUUGCUCUCGGGAAAAGUUAUACCGAGGGACACGAACUUUCGGGCCCGAGUUUGUGAGAACGUCGAUUUCAACGUAAGCCGUAACUUAAGUUGGAAUAACGUAACCUCUGCAGCGCUCGUCAAUUUAUAACCAGAAGCCUACGUUAGCAUUGAACCGAGUGGCAUUAAAUUAAAAUAAAUCUUUAUAAUAGAUCGGGCACUCAUGUUACAAAUGAGUUGUUUUAUUGCUGACUCAUGUCAGGAAACAUAAGCGCUGAAAUGUAAACCUGAUUCUGUACGAAUAUUUCCUCUGGGUUCUUUGGCGUAGUCUGUGUGUUGUUUUGAAGGACAGAUAAGAUUUCCAAAACUUUAUUAUUCAUAAACUGCGCAUGUUGCACGAAACUAAAUUUGUAUUUUGUAGUCUUCAUUUGAUCAGAACUGUCUAUGAGUUGCAGAAAGGAGUGCCUUCCGUAUU